GAUUUUUGGCACGGCUUUUUAAUGGAUUUACCGCACAGAUAACAUCGUGCAACUGUGCGCUCCCAGCCGGUUAAAUAGGGGAUUUAAUGCUAGAUUAGGGGACGGACUGUGUGGUCAUUAAUUUGGAUUUUAACUUAUUGGGUUGAUGAAAUAUAAAUUGCAAAGCUGGAGCUCCUAGUUCCAACAAAGGAUGGCAUAAUAAGAAUGUCCCUUGUGCAGGUGCGACUAGCCCGGGACUGCAUGCAGACCGCAUGGGGGUUCCGGCUGCAGGGAGGAAAGGAUUUAAACCAGCCACUUACGGUACAACGUGUGUUCGCCAAUACCCCAUCGGAGCGUGAAUUGCAUAGAGGAGACGUCAUUGUUGCCAUCAACGGCCGUGACACAAGCAAUCUCACACACAAGCAGGCACAGGAUGCGAUCAGUGGAGGUGGUGGGCAAAUAGAAUUUCUAGUACAAAGACCGUUUGGAAACAUUACCAUCAAACCGCUGACACCAGCAACUGAUACCCGGGCACCGAGUCUCCCACAGUCCCCUACAAGAGCUCCACAGAUUACUAUUCCAAUUCAAAGAAAGCAAGGUCCCCAAUCUCCGACUCGAACUAUCCCUAUCUCGCCACAGAAACCAUCUCCUCCUAAACCAGCGACGAAACUAGUACAACACACAGAGCCAAAUAGAGACAUGUCGGCCGGAUUUAUGCCAAAGAAGGUCACUCUGAAUAAAUUCGGAGGAGGUGGGCCGGAUUUUGGUUCGGCUUAUGGCGGGGUGGCUGGUCACAGACCGCCACAAACUCAGUAUAGGCCCGUAGCCGCGCCGGUACCGGCUAGAGACCAGUAUGACUACGGUGGCCAACCACAGCAACAGCAGCAACAUCAACAACAAAGCUACCAGCAGCAGCAGACUUUUCAAAGUCAAACUCAGUUCUCUGCUCCACAGAGCCCUCCAGUGAAACAGCCAGAGGAGAGGGGUGUGGAGGAAGAGGAUUAUGGAAGUGUUAAUGAAAGGAGGAGAAACUUUAUGAAGGGGGCGCCACAACCGCCGAAUGCCCUGGGUUCCGAUGAAGAUGAUUAUCCCACCGCGCCUGUUUGGGAACGGAGAAAAAUAUUUGGCAAACAAAGGGGCCCACCCCCAGCCAUUCAGCGAUCCCGCAAACCCACUCCUAGUUUCGGUCGUGCACGGGCCCAAGGUGACAGUUCAUAUACGACUUUUGGGGUCGAUUACACGAAACCACAACCUCAACAGCAACCCAAACCCACGUCCUCCCGACCAAGACCUCCUGCCGUUAACGCCCGACGUGACGAUGACGAAAUGGACGGGCAACCGUGGAGCAAUACACUUCGUGGUGAGAGCAAAAUGAUGAAGCCAUGGGAACGCGAGGCAUUAGAGGCCGAACGAUACCAGAGUGCAACCGUUGACCAGCCAUAUCGACCGCAUAUGCAUUCACCACAGCCGCCAACUGCGCCGAAGCCGAAAAUCGUACAAAUUUCCGCCCAGUCGACCGUGCGACAGGAUCAACACUCGCCGUCUGCUGCCUAUAGGUCUGUGUCUCCCACUGUUCCACCGAAACCCUAUAGGUCCCAAGCUCCUCCCCCUGAGACUUCCCCUUAUCAAUCACCAACAUUUCAACACCUGUCACCUAAUGCCGCCCUCAAUGAUGUUUCAGGUAGCUAUGGACAAGCUGGACAAGCACCGAACGUUGUCCAUUUACAAUACAACUCGCCCAUUGGUCUGUACUCAAAUGCGAAUGUUAUGGAUUCCUAUGUUGGUCAAACUAAAGGCCGGGCUCUCUCACCGUCUCAGCCAAAGAAGCCACCAGUGCCUGGUGAACGAGACUGGAACGACUCCUUUGUCUAUCAGAUGAUUCAUUCGUCAGAGAAGACUACCAGCUCUAAUUAUUCAGAUGGCACGGGGCAAAAACCUCAAGGUGAGACCGUUACUACGUCACGUGUUGCACAUGAAACGAAAUACCCUGGCCAGGAACCACAGAGGCGCGUAACCGAAACUGUACAGCGAAGCGGGGUACCAGAUUAUAAAUUCGAUAGCGCAAUCGGCAUGUCCGAUUUCUAGAACUAUCCGAAUUAAUAGAUACUUAGUUAACAGUUUUAGCUUUCAGAAAAAAUGUUUUGCAAAGGAGUCAUGUGAAAGUUUUACAUUUUCGAAUUCUAAGGAAUUGUGUUGUGUAUUCGUAAACUGUAAUUACGAGCCGGACUUGUGCAAUAUUAAUAUUUAUAUCGGAAGAUGAUUAAUUUAUCAUAUCGUACACCUAAAGACACGGGCUUGUUUUUAUUUCAAGAGCUUUAUGUUAAACAAAUUGUGGUCCUAUGUAUUUAGUUAUACGUUAUUUGCUUUCCUUAAUCAUUAAUGUGAAGUUGGUAAAACGUCACAAAGCGUUUUACUUCUUUUAAGGAAAUCAAUUUCGUAUGUAACAAGUCUAGAGUUUGUGUAUGGUCAACGAAUGCCUUUUAUCACUGGAAUUUUGACCAUUAGGUAUAACGCGAAAUUUGAGUAACAGAACCUGUAUUUUUGUUUACUUGUAUUUAUUUGUAAUAUUAAACACUUUGGCUAUUUCAUAUUUUAAAAGUCUGUGCACAGUAUAUAAUGCCAUGUUAUUUAGAGACAGUGUAAAGUUUUUAUUUAUUUUUACUUUUAGUUUUUUUUCGAUUGUGUUUCUUUAACCUCUGUAAGUAAUUGUCAUUAAAUAUUGCUUUUUAGGGACUGUUUUAAUUACGUAAAAUGUUAGAAUGUGUGUAUUAAUAUAUUCCAUUUGUGCCAAAGCAUCUAGAUUGCAAGUUGAUUGUUCUGUUAAAUGGACGCAAGGGAUACCCAUAUUUAAGAGAGGUCGUCUGUGAAAGGACAAUAAACGUCUGUGAUUGUA